CUCCAGCGCUUGGCCACCCGCCGCUUCCGACAGCCCCGGCAGUGGGAGCUGCGGCGGCCGCUGCCCAGGUGGGGAGGAGAGGGCAGCCGCCGCCUGGCCCCGCGGGCCGCCUCCCUGCUCCUCCUCCGGGCGGCUGGACCCACGCCCCGCUGCGGAGCGUGCACUGAAGGCGCUUUGCCAGCUCGCUCCGCCCGGCAGCAGGCGGGGGGCUGGACGAGGCGUCCCAGGGAGAGAUGGUCCCCGCAGGGCGACACGCGUGGAGAGUCCGGGCGGAGGAAGGGGCCGCCACAGCGGGCUGAGGCGCCCGCCCCCCAAAAGUCCUGAGCUCGCCGCGAGCCCGGCUGAGUGCACUCGGAAAGAUCCACUGUUCAGAACAAGAUGUAUUCGCAUAAACUUUUGACUGUGUUUCUGCACUUGGAUUUUAUUCGAAUGGCAGUUGCUCACUGUAUGGUACAUCAGAUUCCAGCAUCAAGCUUUAUGUUGCCUUGCCCGUCACCGAAUGAGACUUCUGUCAUUCCUUUGACUGCUGGUGUUGUAGCGAGCAGUCCUGGGUUGCACGGAGAGCAUGGAACUGCUGAAACCAACUCUCUGGUACUGGUGGCUGAAGAGAGUUUCCUCUGUUGCCUUUGGAGUGAAACACAUACAAAUUGUUCUUUGUACACGGCAGGCAUGGAAACAAAGAAAUUUACUUCCUCAGAAAUAAGUAGCUUAGCUCCUCAGCAAACAGAUUUAAGCUGGAACAUUCAAUGUUGGACUAAAGGAGACCUGGAACUGUUUGUUUGUAUCCUGAAAUUGUCAAAUAAGAAGUCGUACUUGAAUGGAGAAGUUAAGAUUAAUCUUUCAUAUGUUCUAUCAGAGUUGUCAUUGGAAGACAUGUCUACGGAUUCUCUAAAAGGCAAUUUCAUGGUUACUCCCUGCGACUGCAAUGGGUCUGACAAGUACGAAUGUCACAUAUCUUCACUGAAACUCAACUACACUUAUAUUACAUGGUUAAACAUCAUAAAUGGGGUAACACUUCUUCAGUCACCUUUAAUGUCCGUCAGACCCAUAAAUAUUGUAAAGCCUGAACCUCCAUUGAACCUGCGACUAGAAAUGACAGACGAAGGACAGUUAAAGAUCUGUUGGUUCAACCCAGUAAUAACACCGUAUCCACUUCAGUAUGAAGUGAAGUUUUCUGGGAAUGCUACUCAAAAUGCCUGGCAGGUGGUUGAGAUUGUCACACAAACCUCCCUCAUCAUAGGCAAUGUACUGGUUGGUUCUUCAUAUUUAGUUCAAGUACGGUGCAAGAGUCUUCAUGGUCCAGGAUUCUGGAGUGAUUGGAGCACACCUUAUAAUUUAAAUGCAGAAGAUGUCAUGUAUUUCCCUCCAAGGAUACUGACAAGUGUUGGUUCUAAUGUUUCCUUUCAUUGCCUCUAUAAUGACAAAAACAAGAUGAUUUUGUCCAAGAAGAUUGUUUGGUGGCUGAAUUUAGCAGAAGAAAUCCCAGUGAGACAGUAUACACUUGUGAAUGAUCGUGUCAGCAGAGUUACUCUUUUCAACUUGAAUGCAACAAAACCUAGAGGAAAAUUCUUCUAUAAUGCAUUGUACUGUUGUAAUCAAAACAGGGAAUGUCAUCAUCGAUAUGCUGAAUUAUAUGUAGUAGAUGUCAAUAUCAAUAUCACAUGUGAAACUGAUGGGUACUUAACUAAAAUGACUUGCAGAUGGUCCGCAAACACAAAUACAUUGCUUGUGGGGAGUUCUUUACAGUUAAAAUACUACAGGAGUAGUAUCUAUUGUUCUGACUUCCCAAGUAUUCCUCCAAAGUCCGAGGCAAAAGAGUGCCAUUUACAGAGGAAUCAUUAUUACGAGUGUACAUUUCAGCCUAUUUUUCUUUUAUCUGGAUAUACCAUGUGGAUAGAGAUAAAGCAUCAACUAGGAACACUUGAAUCCCCACCAACCUGUGUCAUUCCAGCAGAUGUGGUGAAGCCGUUUCCUCCCUCUAACGUUAAGGCAGAAAUCACCAAGAAUGUUGGGCUGCUGAAUGUGAGCUGGACAAACCCAGCAUUUUCGAACAGCGAUCUUAAGUUUCAGAUUCGGUACUCUGUGAACAAGGAAGAAAUAUUGUGGGAGAUAUUUGAGGUUUCAAAUGCACCAACAAGAUCAGCCAUGAUAAAGGUACUGGACCUUUGUGUUGUAUAUAUUGUUCAGGUGCGCUGCAGUGGACUAGAUGGAUUAGGUUACUGGAGUGAUUGGAGUAAACCAGCGUAUACCAUUGUACAGGAUAUCCAAGCUCCCCUGAGAGGUCCUGAAUUUUGGAGAGUUAUUAAUGAAGAUCCCAUAAGGAAGCAGAAAAAUGUUACUUUAGUUUGGAAGCCAUUGAUGAGGAAUUACUCAUUAUGCAGUGUGUGUGGAUAUAUUGUAAAGCAUCACACUUCAGAAAACAUCACUUGGACUGAAUAUGUCACCAAUGGCACUACCUGUAUGUUUCCAUGGACUGAGGAUGCACACACCAUUACAGUGCUAGCUGUUAACUCAAUUGGAGCUUCCUCAAUGAAUUUUAAUUUAACUCUGUCGCAGCAAAUGAGCACAGUGAAUAUUGUGCAGUCACUCAGUGCUUAUCCAGUAAACAGCAGUUGUGUAAUUCUGACCUGGACACUUUCACCUCAAAUGUAUGUGAUGUCUUUUUUUCUUGAAUGGAAAAACCUUAAUGAGGAAGAACAAAUGAAAUGGAUACGAGUUGCUCCAAAUAUUAGCAAAUACUAUAUUUAUGAUCAUUUUAUUCUUAUUGAGAAGUACCAGUUUAGCCUGUACCCAAUAUUCCCUGAAGGAGUAGGCAACCCCAAAACAACUGAUGGAUUCAUCAAAGAUAGGAGUGAAAAACGGAAUGAUGCAGGCAUCUAUGUGAUUCUACCAAUAGUUAUUUCAUCCUUCGUUUUGUUGCUUGGAACUUUGCUGAUCUCGCAACAAAGAAUGAAGAAGCUGUUCUGGGAGGAUGUUCCAAACCCCAAGAACUGCUCCUGGGCACAAGGAGUUAAUUUUCAGAAGCCUGAAACUUUUGAGCAUCUUUUUAUCAAGCAUCCUGAAGCAAUAUCAUUUGGGCCUCUUCUUCUGGAGCCAGAAAUAGUUUUGGAAGACAUCAAUGUUGCUAAAGCAUUGAAAAGUGAAGACAAGCAAGAUUUAUUAGCAGUUGAUUCAAUGUUCACAAAGAUUCAAGACUCUGAGCAUGACUCGGCUUGUUCUAGCAGCCAUUUCAGUAACAGCCUUUCUGAGAGUUCCCAUGAUGACAAAGUCAGUGAAGGAAUUACGAGACAGUCCAAUAUUAAGUACGCUACAAUUAUCAGUAACUGCAAAUCAAGUGGGCUUUGUGAACAGCAAAAGAAUCUAAGUGGUUCAUUUAAUGGAUGCUUCUUAGGUGAAGACUCCUUAGUUACAGAUUCUUUCUCUAGGUCAUGGGAGGUGGGAAAUCAGGCAUUUCUAAUAUUGCCUGAUCAACAUCCGAGCCAAGCCAGCAAAACGAUAUCCCUUUCUGUUGUUUCUUCUGAGGGCUUUUCAGAACCUUCAGACCACGAUGACAUUUUCAGUGAUGGAGACAGUCCUGAGAGGAGCCUUUAUUACUUAGGGCUAACAUCGAUUAAAAAAAAUGAAAAUGAAAUUUUUUUAACAGAAAAUUCUAGAGUGAUGUGUCAUCUUCACACAAAUGGUUUAUUCAAAGACAUGGGGUUUCUUCAGGAUACUACUUCUGAUUUAAAUCCCUUUAUCAAAAAUAGCCUUAAAUAUGAAAACUCUGUUAAAACCUUUGUACCAUACAUGCCACAAUUUCAGGCAACCACCGUUAAACUACAAGAGACAACAGAGACCAAAACUUAAGUCAUAACAGCAUAGUCCCAUAUAUCUACCUGAUUGCUACUGUUAGUAUUUUUUUUAGAAGGGUCAAUAUCUUCCCCACCCACCUCUCCCCUCAGGAAACUCUCAAGAAUAGUGAACGUGUAAUGCCCACAUUUUGAAGUUGGAUGCCUGCGCCUACAUUUGACUGACAUAAAUCAGCACUUUGGCCCCACAGAAUUCCACAUAGUGGCCUAAUUUAAAAACCUCAAAUUAGGGCUUUCAUUUCCUCAUUUUGUUGUUUCAAGUAUUUGGUACUUAAUUAGCUAUUUGUGGUGCCUACUCUACAUGUUUCUCUGACCAUGUCCUCUUGCAAACACUCCAAUGAGAAAGUUGGUCUUGAAAGGUCCUAUGACAAGGAUUCCAAAGGUGGCAUUUUAUUUAAACUUCUCUUUGUUAGGACAGAUCCUAGUCUAAGGCCUGUCUUGGGACAGGCCCUUGGCAGCUUUAUAGCAGUCCUGGACCACAGGUGAUUCCAUCAAAUGUGCAUGGCUACUAAGCCCCUCUCCUUCUGGGAGAGGGGAGCCCAUUGCAACUGAGGAACUGAGUGAUGGCACUGAAGAUGAAGUGCUUGCCCAACACCACACACAAUAGCAGGCCGCAGUCCCAGCACACAGUGCCAAAGGAGCCAUCUGUCAACGGAACCACAACUCUCAGUAGAGGUAAGGAUCUAGGCAGAGGCCAAACACCUCUGAAAAAGCUCUUUGAGAAGGCAGUGUUUUCUCUUCCCCAACUUCCACCUGCUGCAGCAGCAAUGGGUUCAGGGUUAUUGCAGGCUUAGGGCUGGAGUAGCCCAUGCUUCCCCAGCUGGAGGCAGAAGAUGAAAGCAGGCUGCACAUAGGGAGCAUGGCCUUCCUGAUCUCUCCCCCUUGCACAAGCAGCUCUGUAGUGCCUAAAUGCAAAGAUGGGAAAAGUCCCCUUGUGGACAGUUCUGCACAGCAAUUGUCUGUCCAAAGUAGAAGUCACUUGUUCAGCUAACUGGUGUGGUAACAAGGGGCCAGGCUUUCAUGGUGCGGGGGAGCGCACACGUGUGCGCUGUAAUGGCCUGAGGUGUCUUGCUGGCCAGUGUGGAAAAUGUUUACUGCACAAUGCAAACCUCCAGAGCAGCCAAGCAAAAAAAAAAAAAAAGAAAAGAAAAAGGGGGUGGGGGAAGAAUCAGUCUCCGAAUGCAAACAAAAGGCAGAGCAGCAGCUGUACAAUGUGCCCAGGCAGCUAGCAGCUCGUGCAGCUGCCCUGCUUGCUUACCUCUAGAACUGGCCCUGUGUGUACGCACACCUGUCUAUACACGCAGAGAGUAUGUUCACCACUUAGGAGUGAAGUACCCAUCCCAUUUAUAUAGUGCAUAUAGUAUAAGGAGAGCUCAUCAUCAUCUCAGGCUAAUGUGAUGGGAGCUCCCUCUCCAGCUUAAAUACCUUUUAUGUAUAAAACAAUGCUCCUAUAGAAACCAGAGCGUCUGUUAACGAAACUCAUUUGUGCUGGGUAGCGUCAUACACAAAGCCCCAGCAUAUUUAUGAUGGCUAACAGUGAGUAUAUGCUGUUUGUUUCGGUGGGGUCUACAUUAAAUUGAAUAUGUAAAAAAGAAGACCGAGCUGGUAGCAAUGAUUACUUUAAAGAAAAGUACUUGGCAUCCUUCAAGUAAAUCCUUGACAGUGAGACGUUUACCAAUAUAGGGGGCGGGUUUGGCCUAGCUUCCCCCACACUGUCCCUUUUAAAUAAAAGUGAAGGCAUCUACCAUUGGGAGUGAAUAAUUACAGGGAAAUUAUGCCUGUCAAUCAAGGGAAAGUGCGUUAAGUAGAACAACAGUGUAUAAAGCAUUGCCAGAAAUAAGAGAAUGUAUCGGUAGCUAGAGAUGUACAUUUAGUGCAGUAAGAUAACAGGAGUCAGACUUCUUGUGGAAGGCUUUAUAGCCUCCCCGUUUUUGUGGGGUUUUGCCUCGGCAAAAUAGUGCAUCCGGAAAUAAAAUGGGCACAUUUUUGGAGGCCCCUUUUGAAAAUGAGGCUCUAGUAGUGAAGGUACCACAAUAAAGUACCCUUUAUUUCCAGUCCCAUUUCAUGAGACCCCAUUAUAGAAAAGCAAUGUUAAGAAGCUACUGUGGUCAAAUGGCAAACAGGUAAUGAUUGGGAGCAAAAGGGUCUUUCCUAUAUUUUUAAUCCUACUGGGAUUAAGAUUCUCUGUGUGAGCUCAGGCAAGUCACUUCACCUCUUUAUGCCUCAAUGAACCCAGCUGAUAAACUGGGUAGGAAGUAGGGUCUCGGAGAAAACCAGAUGUUGUGUCUCACCUGA